AUGUUAAGUCCCGAACGUCGUACUUCGAUGGCUGAACGUCGUCCUUCUUUUGCUAAUUUUUCAGGAAAUUCAAACCAUAUAGAUACUUUAAUGGUACCUCAUUUAGCAGGUAUCGAAGAUCCUUUACCAGAGACUACUCCUGAAAAAGUAGAUGUAUUAAUAGCUGGGACGGGUCUAGUGGAGAGUGUCUUAGCGGCUGCUUUAGCAUGGCAAGGUUCUACUGUUUUACAUGUGGAUUGUAAUGAUUAUUAUGGCGAUAGUGCCGCUACAUUAACGGUUGAUCAAAUUAAAAAUUGGGUUAAUAGAGUGAAUAAUAAUGAUAUUAUUUCAUAUAAUAAUGCAAAAUUAUAUUUAUCAAAAAGUAUUGGUCCAUCUUGUAAAUAUGCUUCAAGAGAUUUUGGUAUAGAUUUGUCUCCAAAGAUUCUUUUCGCUAAAUCUGAUUUACUAUCAAUUUUAGUUAAAUCUCGUGUACAUCAAUACUUAGAAUUUCAAUCUCUAUCAACUUUUCAUACUUAUGAAAAUGAUUCAUUUGAAAAAUUAACAAAUACAAAACAAGAUAUUUUUACAGAUCAAAAUUUAUCAUUAAUGACAAAACGUAAUUUAAUGAAAUUUUUAAAAUUUGUUUUAAAUUGGGAAGAAAUGCCAGAAAUAUGGCAACCUUAUGCUGAUAAAUCAAUUACACAAUUUUUAUUUGAUAAAUUUAAAUUAGAUAAACCUCAAGUCUUUGAAUUAGUAUUUUCUAUUGGAUUAUGUUGUAGUAUUGAUACAAAAGUUCCUUUAGCUUUACAUAGAAUUCGUCGUUAUUUGAUUAGUUAUGACGUAUAUGGUCCAUUCCCUGUAUUAUAUUCUAAAUACGGUGGUGCAGGUGAAGUCUCACAAGGGUUUUGUAGAUCUGCUGCCGUUGCUGGUGCCACUUAUAAAUUAAAUGAAAAACUAUAUUCUUAUAAUCCAACUACACAAGUUGCUACUUUUACAGAUGGUUCUAAAGUUACAGUAACAGAAAAAAUCAUUAUGUCACCAACCCAAGCCCCUGAAGGAAAUCAACACAUCCCUGACCAAAAAUAUGAAGCAAAUAGAAUGGUUUGUCUUGUUGAGAAAGAUUGUAAAGAAUGGUUCAGUGAAGAUGAAUCAGCUGCCGUUGUUGUAUUCCCACCAGGUUCUUUAAAAUCUGGUAAUAAACAUGUCGUUCAAACUUUAAUCUUAGGUGCUGGUUCUGAAUGUUGUCCUCAAGGUACCUCCAUUUGGUAUUUAUCUACCACCGAGAGUGGCGUUCGUGCAGAGAUGGAUUUAGAUGCAGCUUUGGAGGCUUUAGAGAUUAGUAUUGUUAGAGAAUCUUCAAAUGACAUCACCGAAAAUAACGAUAUUGUUAAAAUCAGUGAAGAUGGUCGUCCAAUUGUAAAUUCAGUAAGAUUAGGUCAAUCAUUUAAAGAAUAUAUCCCAAGAGAAAGUGUACAACAUUUGAUGAAAUUAUCAUAUACUCAAUACACAUCUACACCACCAUUCGAUGUUGUGAAUCCUGCUCUUUUUGAUAAUGAUGAAUUAAAUAAUAGAGCCAACUCUGUGAAUAAAUUUAUUCCAAAUGCUAGUGAUAACGGUAUUAUAUAUACUGCAAUGCCAUCUAGUGAGAUAUCAUAUGAUGAAGUAGUAACAGCUGCAAAAGUUCUUUAUGAAAAAAUUGUUGGCAGUGAUGAUGAUUUCUUUGAUGUUGAUUUUGAAGAUGAAGACAAUGAUACUGUACCACAAGGAGCUUCAGUGAAUGGUGCUAUUAGUUACGAAAACGCUAUUGAUGACGACGAUGAUGAUGAUGUAGAUAUGGGUAUACGUGGUGAUGAUUCUAAUGAAUUUGUAGGGCAAAUGGAGAUAUGA